AUGACGGCCACCGCAACCAUAGCCUCUACGGACAUGGGGCUGCUGCUGAGAGAUGAAGUUUUUGUCGACUUUUUCAACACGUUUCUGAAUCUUCCUGUGUUUGGCCAGACGCCCCUUUACACCAGCAGCACGGGGCAGUGGGACCUCUGGCCAGAGCUGCCCAGCCACCUGGAUGCCAGCCCCCCGGCUUUGCUGGCCUGGCUGGCGAAGCACCGCCUGCCUCACUUCUGCAGAUCCAGCCUCUGCCUCCACCUCGUCCUCUGCCAGAAGCUCCUGGGUUUCGUGCGGUCGGAGGAAGCAGAGAAACUGCUGAACUGGCGGAGCGCGGACCGGUGGCUGCUGGAGAAGUGCAUCAGCGGCAGCCAGGGCAUGUGGCGCUUCCGAGCCUCCACGCAGGGAACGGCAGGGGAGGAAUUGACCAACUUCUGGCUCAGCACCGAAAGGCUACUGGGGCUCGACGAGUCGGACGCAGCACAGCAGGACCUCUACCUGUCCCUUCUCCACAGGCUGAAAGCCACCCACCUGCGCGAAGGCUCCAGCGUCCUCACCCUCUGCAGCACCCUCGCUGGGUCAUCACGCAAAGUCAGGCACGUCGGGUCCAUCGGCACCCGGAGGGAGAUGCUAGUCAAGAUGCAGCAACGGGCCCUGUUUAUAAUUCAGAGUUACUGGCUCCCUAAAUUCUUCAUCCAGUGCAAGAUGGGCAUGGAAGAAGAGAAGUCGUGUUGGCCUCUGCUGCAGGAAUACCGGGAGCGGUUGGCGCAGGGCACCAUGCAGGAGCCCCUGGGCGUUUCGGACGAUCUCUUCACAAUGCACGUUACAAAGAGCCAAGACUCGUCAAGGCCCUACUGCAGCAAGAAGGCCAAAGAGGAGAUCUGGGCUCUUGUCAAGGAGGGAAGAGACACCCCAGAAGCGAAGACAAGCUUUCAGACACAACCAGAGAGGCAGCCAGGGCCAGCUGGGAGCGUGAAGGGAUCGCAGCUGGGUAAGGAGGCUUUGGGACUGGGUCCUGCAAACGCUGCCUUUGGGGGCAAAGGGGGAGCAACCUCUCCCAAAAGACCUAGACCCAAGGCAGAGCUGGCCUUCUAUCUGGAGGACCUCUGUGAAGAGAAAGUCCUCUCUAGCCUGCGUUCCUCUGCACCUCUCGCCAAGCUGCCAACCCCAAAAAGGCCGGCCAAGACCCUGCGCUUCCUCCCCUGGGCCCUCAGCGCAGACAGCUGUGCAGGACGGCCCUUCAGGGACUUCUUGAAGUGCCAGGGACAGACCACGGAGACUCGUCUCCUGGACCUGUGGCACGACCUGGAGGAAUUUCUGCCUGUGGUGCUGGACCCCAGCAGAGAAAACAGUUUCUCCCUGCGCCAUUUGAUCGCGGACAGGAUACGCAAGACCUACCUGGAGGAGAGCGCCAUCCAGCAGCUUCCCCUGGUGGCGAGGACUCUGCAGGGCCUGCGGAACCACCUGGCUUCUGGGGAGUUCACCCCCUGGAUAUUCAGAGCCCAGAAAGAGAUUUGCAAGGUCCUCUGCGUCUUCUAUGAGAAAUUUCUGGCUGACGAUGACAAGACCUUCCUCCAGUUUAUGUCUCCGCAGAGCGAUGUCCCAGCACCCAAGGUGCAAGGACAUGCUGUCAGGAAAGAGCAGUGUUUCCUCCUGUCUGAGCGGAUAAACGAAUCCUUGAAGCUGAGCCAGGCCUUGCAUGGCACGAGCAACUUGGAAGGCCUCUCCUCCGAGCACUGGCGAGCCUUGGCCACUCAGCACCUCCAGCAAGGGGGCUCCAUCCAGGCAGAGACGGAUCUGGUGAGCAUGGCCGAUGCAGACUCCCAGAAGAUGACAUCAAAUGAGCCGGCCGCUCAGAAAGCCCAGCUGGCUGUGGAUAGCCCAAGCAAGGAUAAUGAGAUUUUGUCUCCCAAAAGCCCACCGCUUGCCGCUGACCUCGAGAACAAAAAGAAGAGGACUGCUCCCGGGAGAAAAACCAAAUCGAGUGCCACAAAGGUCACCUCUGUCAUGGUAGAGAAGCCAGCUAAAAGACCCAGGCACUUUGUGAAGGUGCUGCACAACCCUGCCCACCUGCACUACUUCAGGCAGUUCCUCGAGGAGCGCAACGCAGAUGAACCUCUGCGUUUCUGGAUGGCCAUGGAGAAGCUAGUCGCAGAGCCCAAUGCCAAGAUGAAGAGCGCCCUCAUUAGCAGCAUCGUCAGAAAUUAUUUCCACGGUGACAUCCCAGCUGAGGAACACCUGGACUGCCACUCUUCUAUCAUCAAAGAAAUCAGGGAUGCUGAAGUAGUCACACCCUUCAUGUUGAUGACAGCCCAGGUCUUUGUCCAGAAAGCAAUGGAAAAACGAUGGUUUAAGGAGUACCAGGAUCUGUUUCCCCCGAGUGACACACCCAAGUCUAACCUUCGUUUGCGGCAUGGGAUGGGGAACUUCACGACAGACAGCCUGAGGUGGGCCUGGUUUGCCAUCCACGACAUCGUCAAGAGCAUCUGCAAGUUCCAUCGGGAGAUGAACAGCGACAAGUGCCGCAUGGAGUUCGAGAGCUUUCUGCGGAAGGAAAGAGAAAAUGAGGAGGAAAACCUGCCCGCCACCUCGGUGCACAGCAGCAGCACCAUGAGCAUGUUCCGCUCCCACGCCGUCUCCAGCAGCUCCCUGCAGGACAAGGACGUGGCUCUGGUGAAACGCCAGCUCUUUAACAACCAGCUCAUUACCGUCAACUUCCUCGUCGAUGACCUCCGCUUUUAUCUGGAGAUCGACAAGUUUUCCAGGCUGGCUGAUUCGGCCGAAGCUUUGGCAGCCCGUGACAUGCGCUCAGAAAAGGAAGUCGCCUUUCUCAAAAGGAAAGCUGCCAUCAUCAGCAAGCUCUUCCUGAACUCCGACAUCCCCCCUAAACUGCGGGUGAACAUCUCUGAAGAUGACAGAGACCUAAUCUGGAGCCUGUCUUCCAAAGGGUUGCUGAACCGCCUCCUCUACCACAGGGCCAAGGUCACCCUCCUCCCCGUCCUGAUACACUUCUGGAAAAGGUUCUGCAACUGGAAGGUGAUGAAGAGCUUUCGGGUCUCCACAGUGGAGAGGGAGCCAGCCUCGUUGCCCAGUAUAAAAGCCUGUUCCGAAGUAUCUGACAUCUACAAUCCAAGCAAUCACGUUGUCAUCGUGUUCACGCUCCUGGGAGGGAUCCGCAUCCUGCUGCCACAGUCCCAGAAGAAAAAGGAGCUGCUCAGGGGGAAGGACAGAUACCCCAGCACCCUGUCCACGCUGAGCAGGGCAAGGAGGUGCUCCAAGGAAGCUGAGCAGCCAGGACACGCCACGUAG